ACCCAAAACCCGGAACAAAACCCUAGCCCUUCGCAUUAAGCCUUGAGCCAGGCAACGCCGUCGGCUGCCGUUCUUCCUAACAUCGUCCUGUUCUAGCACGGUCGCAGUCUCCUCCUCCGGAAUCUCUUAUAUCGAGUGCGGGAGACAACAUGGUGCGUAGCAUCAAAAGCGCCAAGAAGAUCAAGAGGAAGAACAAGGGAUCGAAAAAAGGAGAGUCUUCGUCUGUGCCCUCCGCACCGGCUAAGGUUUGGCAACCUGGUGUGGAUGCAUUAGAAGAAGGCGAGGAGCUUCAGUUUGAUCCUUCCGCUUACAAUCAUCUACGUGGAUUUAGUAUUGGCUGGCCCUGUUUGAGCUUUGACAUUGUCCAUGAUUCUCUGGGGUUGGUACGGACUGAAUUUCCACAUACAGUUUAUGGUGUUGGCGGUACCCAGGCUAAGGAAGCAUCAUGGAAUUAUAUUGGGAUUUUCAAAAUUACAAACAUAUCCGGAAAGAAGCGUGAGCUAGUUCCUGCUUCAACUGAAGGUGAUGAUGAUAUGGAUAGUGAGAGUAGUAGUGAUGAAGACGAUGAUGAAGACGAGAAUGGUGAAGCUUCACAGCCUGUUCUACAUUUGCAUAAGGUGGCUCACCAAGGGGGAGUAAACCGUAUACGCUCAAUGAUUCAAAAACCUCAUAUAUGUGCUACAUGGGGUGAUACUGGUCAUGUUCAGGUUUGGGACAUCAGUUCACAUUUGAAUGAUCUAGCUGAAUCUGUGUCCAGCUCAACUGUUGGAGGUGAUAACAUACAUCGUCUGUCUCCUCUUGUAAAAUUUGGUGGUCACAAGGAUGAGGGCUAUGCUAUUGACUGGAGUCCUACUGUUCCUGGAAGACUCGUCUCUGGUGAUUGCAACAGUUGUAUUCACUUAUGGGAACCUUCUGAAACAUGGAACGUCGAUGCCACUCCCUUUGCUGGGCAUACUGCUAGUGUGGAGGAUCUACAAUGGAGUCCAACGGAACCUGAUGUUUUUGCUUCAUGUUCGGUGGAUGGAACUGUAGCAAUAUGGGAUACCAGACUUGGAAAAUCGCCCGCACUUUCAGUAAAGGCGCACAACAUUGAUGUUAAUGUUAUAUCAUGGAAUCGGCUGGCAAGCUGUAUGAUUGCUUCUGGAGCUGAUGAUGGUACAUUCUCCAUCCGUGAUCUUAGACUGAUCAAGGGUGACUCACUGGUAGCACAUUUUGAGUAUCACAAGCAACCCAUAACAUCCAUCGAAUGGUGUCCACAUGAAGCGUCUACUCUGGCUGUUUCGUCUGCCGACAAUCAGUUGACGAUAUGGGAUCUUUCACUAGAAAGGGACGAAGAGGAGGAAACAGAAUUCAAAGCCAAGCUGAAGGAGCAAGCAAGCGCGCCGCAGGACUUGCCUCCACAGCUUCUUUUCGUUCAUCAGGGUCAAAAGGACCCGAAGGAGCUGCAUUGGCACACACAGAUUCCGGGAAUGAUCAUGUCGACCGCCAUUGAUGGCUUCAAUGUUUUGAUGCCUGCAAAUAUCGAAAAUGUUCUUCCUCCAGCUGAUGCAUAAUCUACGAGGCAACAAGUAGAAUCUAUUGAGCUAUUGAAAUCGGUGUCUUAAUAUGUUGUGAUAAUAAAUUUAGUAUCUUGGAGCACUGCAUCUUUCUCUGAAGCAGCAUUUUCCGUCGAUUAAGUUUGUCACUAAUUUUAUAUCGAAUAAUAAUGGUAAAAAAAAGAAAUUCCAAUAAUUUAAAAAUA